AUGGCUUGUGUCAUUCUCACCCCACAGGAAUUUCUAAGUCAAGACGCACCUGAUUGUGAGGCAUUUAAAUUGUUGCAAGAUAUGGAACUUUUACAAAGGGAAUCAGAGGGAUCAAAUCAAACUGUUUCUACACAAUCAUCAUUGAUCAAUGGUCUCCCAGAUGACAUUGCUGUAACCUGUUUAGCAAGAAUUCCUCGUAGAUAUCAUUCCCUUCUCAAAUGUGUCUCAAGAACAUGGCGUGAUUUGGUUUGCAGUAAACAAUGGCAAUCCUAUCGUGAAAAGCAUAAUUUGACUGAAACUUGGAUUUAUGCAUUGUGUAAAGACAAAAUGGAGCAACUUUGUUGUUAUGUGUUAGACCCAAACCUACCAAAAAAAGGUUGGAAACGUAUCCAUGAUCUUCCACCUCAUUGUUUGAAAAGAAAAGGCGUAGGAUUUGAAGUUUUGGGGAAAAAUAUUUACUUUUUGGGUGGAUGUGGGUGGAUUGAAGAUGCUACAGAUGAAGUUUACUCAUAUGAUGCUAGCAGGAAUGCAUGGAGUGAAUCUUCUCCUUUGUCAACUGCAAGGUGUUAUUUUGCUUGUGAAUCAAUGGAUGACAAAAUGUAUGCAAUUGGUGGACUCGGGUCAAAAUCAAGCGACCCGCAUUCAUGGGACACAUUCGAUUCCAACACAAACACAUGGACAUCUCACAUGGAUCCCAACGUUGUUCCCGAAAUAGAAGAUUCUGUAAUCCUAAACGGAAAAAUCUAUAUAAAAUGUGGCUCUUCUGCUGUGUCUUCACAUGUUUAUGCAGUGGUGUAUGAUCCAUUAAAUGGCACGUGGCAGCAUGCAGAUUCUGACAUGGUGUGUGGGUGGCGGGGCCCAGCUAUUGUAGUGGAGGACACGCUGUACGUGUUGGAUCAGAGUUCAGGGACUAGAGUGAUGACGUGGCGGAAAGAUAAGAGGGAGUGGGAAGCUUUUGGGAGGCUGUCGGCUGUACUUACUAGACCACCUUGUCGGGUUGUUGGAAUUGGUAAGAAGAUAUUUGUGGUCGGAAAGGGGCUGAGCACGGUGGUUUUUGAUGUGGAUAAGGCGGCGAAUGUGGAUGGGGUGUUGGUUACUACUUCUGUUCCUAAAUUGCCGGCGUCUGAUGAUGAUGUAAUUAGCUGCAAGUCUCUUUCUUUAUGACCUUUUUAUUUAUUUUUUUCUCGUUGUAUGAAUUCAAUUGAGGUUAAAUGUUUAUUUUAAUUAAUUGGGACAUGUCUUUAUAAUUAAUACAAAAAGAACGGAGAAAGAUGACCAUGUUGCAUUA